AUGCUGCAGGUCUUCGCGGAGGUCAACGUAACCCACGCCGACCUGAAGCUGGAUAACAUGGUCCUUGUGGAUCGAAGCCCGCAGGAUGCUGUCUUUUCCCCCGAACUUGAGCUGCGAAUGUUUCUAGAGGAGAAGGCACGGAACGGCGUAGGCGUGGACGAGGAGCAAGAGUGUAGAAACUCUUUGGUGCCGAAUUUCGUCAAGACUGCAUAUUCAUUGCAGAAUUGGACGAAGUAUGGCGCAGCGCCUCCUGCAGAAGUGGAAUCGGAUGUGGAGGAUGUUGAUGUGGUCACCUCGCGUGUAGCACUCAUUGGUUUUGGUGCGGCCUAUGUGGGCAACUCUUGUCUCUGGCGGACGCAGACCACCUUCUGUCGUGCUCCGGAGGUGGUUUUGCGCCUUCGUUACGACCCCGCUAUCGACAUGUGGUAG